CGGUGCCGUUCUCUCCCUCAAUUUCUGCAACAGCAACAGCAACAGCAACCGACACAACACCAGCAUCCUCGGCCUUUGCAGWCUGGACGACGGACACGACAGCAUCAACGGCAAUCACAACAACAGCAACAAUGGCCAAGGGAAACGACGGAUCGGCGGCCCGCCGCCGGACCACGAAGAAGCUCCUCGCCGCGGCGGCCUGCGCCCUGGCGAUCGUGGCAACCGUCGCCUUCUUCGGAAGCCCCCCGGCGGGCCAAGAAAGGGUAGAAAUCGGCUACCACGGGCACGAAGGGGAGCGGGGCCUCGAUUCCUACGAGGGAGGAAACCCGCGCCGCCGGAAGCACCACAAGCACCACAAGGCCGGUAACCACAACAACAACCAUAAAAAUAACUACUACGACAACAACAACCGUAACAACAACAACAACCACAACAACAACGGCGAGCGGAGGCACAAGCACCACAAGGGGGAAAAGAUCACGGCCUCGGACUACCACCGGGCGGAGAUCGGGAGGAGGAACGCGGAAGGCGCCACGGACCGGAGGCACCAAGGCCGCCACGGAUUUGGCGGCAUCGACGACGACCUGCAUGCCCGGAUGGCCAAGCGGUUCCGGCCCMGSGGCGAACGAGAACCCGGAAACUURGACGACGGGAGCGAGAGCGGCAGCGGAGACGCCGCAAGGGCCAUCACACCGGGCAGCGACGACCACGGCCUCGCGGGCUUUCGGGCCUGGAAGGCCGACCGACCGGGCGAACCAAGCGAAAGCGAAAGCCAGAGCGGAGACGACCGMCCUUACCCGCCGCCCGCCCUCCUGGCCAGGAUCCGCCGGGAGCUGAUCGAGGAAUCGGGAGAGGGGGCAACCCGCGGGGGGGACGUCCUGGACGCGGUCCUGGCCGGGUCGACCCACCUGGUCUCGAUCGGUGCAAACUCCCGCCUGGGGACCUCGCGGGACGGCUCCUACCAGGGGGUCACCGGAAGGUUCUGCAGGCUGGACUUUGGCCUGCACAAGAAGGACCCCUCCAAGUGUACGUAACGCAACCCAACGCAACGUAGCAGAGCAGAGGAGCGCAGCGCACAGCAGAGAAGCGCAGCACAGCGCGGUACGGUGCAGUGCGGUCCAGUGCAUCGUGCUCUGCCUGCCUCGUGGUUGGUUCGCUCGUUCCGGUGCGAAAGGAUGCCACGCAGGUUGCCCAAGGGCGCUGCUCGAUCGAAUCGAACGGAUCGGCCAACCCUCGUCUCAUUCGUUUGCUUUUCCUUUCGCUCUUUCUCGUUUCGUUUCAUUUCCUUUCGUUGUGUUUCGCUCCAUUGCUUGUGGUUUGUCUUGAUCUCGGUGCCUUGCUCCGGACAGACCCCAUGUUCCGCUUCCUCCUGCAGGGCUCCCCCGACUGCGCGAACGAGAACCAGGUGUCCUUCGACCUGAGAAAGCUCGCCGUGUUGGCGCGGCACGCCGACCGGGCCGCUUCCGAGCGCGACGGGGAGGCCCACGCCCUCCCCAGGGCCCUCAACCUCACSGCGGUGGCCUUCCACGAGAGCCGCUGCGGGUCCACCCUGGUGGCCAACAGCAUGAUCGCCAUGGACCCGGAWAAGCACCGCGCCUACAGCGAGUCCUCCCCGCCCGUCGCCGCCCUUCACAUCUGUGGGGACUACUUCCACCGGUGCACCAGGGAACAGGCCGCCUCCGUUCUGAGGGACACGAUCUACCUCAUGAGCCGGACGGACGAUCCAUUGGAGGAACGGGUYUUUUUCAAGUUCCAGAGCAUCACCUCCAAGGCGAUCCCGACCUUCCAGAUGGCCUUUCCAGAGGUCCCCUGGAUGUACGUCUACCGGGAUCCCGUCCAGGUCAUGAUGAGCCACGUCAAGGACGAUCCCUCGCUGGUGAGUCGAACCGAAUCGAAUCRAGYCGAGUCGAUCCCUUUGGCGCAGGGCUGUUUUCCGGUUUCAAGGAGKUUGCGAUGCGAUCCGAUGCGACYACGGUCGCCCUGCCCACCUGCCUUGCACGCCAAAGCGUCCUGGUGUCGCGUGGAAUCUUUCUCACCUUCCUUUGUUGUUCCGCUCUUGUUUGCGUUCGUUCGUCUCGUGCCAUUCCGUGCCGCGCCGCGCAGAAGCGUGCCAUUUGCACGAAAACCAGGGGGAAACCCCCCAGGGAGCUCGUGGCCAUCGCCAGGCGCCACGGACGRCGCGGCGCCGACGACCUGGAACCGAGCGAGUACUGCGCGGCCCACCUGGCACAGCUCACCGAAGCGGCCGUGGAGAACCUCAACGACAUGGCCAUUCCCGUGCCCUACGAUCGCCUGCCGGACAUGAUGUGGGAGACCAUCAUGCCCAAGAUUUUCGGUCGACCCCUGGAGCAAUUCGAAAUCGACAACCUCAAAGAGAUUUCCAAGUCCUACAGCAAGCAGGGAAAGGGCAAGAACAAGGACAAGCAGGGCGAAUUCAAGGGAGACUCGGAGCAAAAGGAGRMAAAGGCCUCCGAUGCGAUCCGCAAUGCCGCCAAGGAAUUCUUGAAGGAAUCCUUCGAUCAGCUGGGGGCCUUCCGGUCCAGGGUCUUGGAGUAGGGCAAGCCAUCGAUCGACCGAUGGAUCGAUCGGGCACCGGCACCGUUCCGGUGCCGCGCACCACGAGAGCACCACCGCCCGCGAGACCGCGUUCGGCCGGCACGGGAACCGCGUGUGCGGCCCGCGGGUGUUUGCACUGCACGGGGGGGCGUGCAUGCCCUUUCGUUUCGCUGCCGCGGGCGCUGYGGUUGGUUUUUGGAUGCUAUGCUUCGCGGCACCCGGUUUGGAACCGCACGGAGCUGCGUCCUUUGGCACGGACGUUCCACCCAUCUCGGUGAAUGCUUGGCAUCGAUGGACAAAACCGAGGAGACCAGAUUAUAGACGGGGCUAGAAAUAGCGUGAAGUUGCUAAGAAAUAACUUGUGUUGUU